AGGUGGAUUCAGAAAAGGCAGAGGAGUUGACUUCUACCAACAUGAGGGCAGCUGGAAUUCUUCUUGUCUUUUGUCUCUUCUGCUCCAACUUGUCAACAGUGACAUCUAUAAAGUGUCAGGCAUGUGUUGCCCUUGGAGUUGAAUGUGAAGGAGAGGCUGUGAAGGUGGUGGAGUGCAAAGAAGAUGAAUUUUGUUCUACUGUAGUUGUUAAUACUACUCUAACCAAUCUUGCCACGAUCUUAAUUGUCAAGGAAUGCUCAACACGUGAGGGCUGUUUUGAGGGCCUCUUCAGCACCACAAUAGUAGAUGGUAGAUUUGAAGUAGCAAGAGCUACCUGUUGUGACACUGAUGUCUGCAAUGCAGAACCGCUUCUGUUGGAAAAGUAUGAAGCGUUUCAACCAAAUGGAUUACAGUGCCCAGGCUGCUUUGCACUAGAUGAGGAUCAUUGUAAAGCCAAUCAAUCUGUAGUCUGUGUUGGCAAAGAGGAUCAGUGUCUUACCAUAGCUAGUUCCACAGAAGCUUUUGGAAAUUUCACUGAAAAGUCCACUUACCAAGGAUGUACGACACAGAACUCAUGUUCUUUCCCUCUAGGAGUUUCUGAGAUGGCCGGUGGGCUGAUUCGGUUCAAUGUCACCACUCUGGAAUGCAGAAAUGCAUCUUCUUCUGAACCAGAUCUUCAGUUAUAGUUGGGAAGAGCCGAAGCUUCUUUGCAGUUAUUGGGAAAUUUGUAAAAAAAUUAGGAAGUUGGAGAUUUAAUAAUGAGAUAAGUAGAGAUUGGAGUCAAAGAUGCUUUUGAUUCUUACCU